AUGGUCUUUAAGCCCUUCAAGCCCCCCUUGAUUAAGAAACCCUCUCAGCCCUCGAAUGGUAAUGGAGAGCAAGACCACCCGGCCAAAAAACCACGCCUGCACAAGGACGACCCAGCGCCCGAUGUCGAGACGCGACCAGCUAUAGGCAAUCGCAAGCCUCUACUACAAGUUCGAAAUAGAGGCAAAGAAACGACAACAAAUUCAACCUCGGAAUUGCCAUCGAGGAAUGUUGUACCUGGCGAGAGAUACUUCAAUGUCCUUUGGCGCAAACCGAGCGGCAAAAAGCAUAAAACAUGGGACGGUGAUGGCAUCCUCUCUGCGCGUGGUGGGUUUGUUUCUCUGCGCGAUGUCGGAGGCAAGGAUAUGGGGCGCAUGAUGCACGAAUCUCCGCUUGAGUCUGGUUCCUCGCUGUACAUUGCCGGGAAAGAGGUCGAAAUCGACUCUGAAAUACCCCGUGCGGAAUAUCUUUCUGGUAGACGGUUCUUGGAAGGAACGAAACCUGCUCCAACGCCCGCGUCGAAGGAGUUUGUGCCGCUCUCGAAGGGUGAGGGACGGAGUACGCCCACGCUCGCUGCUUCCAACAAACCCCAAUCCCUCAAACGGAGUUCGUUGGCGCUGGCUACUGGUGCUGCUACACAAGAAGCGGCAGCCUUUGGUGCCUAUAAGAAGCCGUUGCUCGAAAAUACAAUUGUUCCGCCUUCCGCUGGCAAAGUCGUUCCCCGCCAUGAUCCAAAUGCUCCCGGGGCCCUGGUUCUACCCCGACCUAGCUCAGCUCCCAAGGGGAAACAGAUUGUUGAUGUGGUGAUGGAUCCUUUACUCUCCAAAAAUCUACGUCAACAUCAACGUGAGGGUGUCAAGUUUCUCUACGAGUGCGUGAUGGGAAUGCGACCAUUCAACGGUGAAGGCGCCAUUCUAGCAGACGACAUGGGGCUAGGCAAGACGUUACAAACCAUCGCCUUACUCUGGACCCUUUUGAAGCAGAAUCCCGUUUACGAAGAUCCACCCGUUAUCAGAAAGGCCCUCAUCGUCUGCCCAGUGACACUCAUCAACAAUUGGCGGAAGGAAUUCCGCAAGUGGCUCGGCAAUGAGAGAAUCGGGGUUUUUGUCCUCGAUGACCAGAGGAAACGUCUGACCGAUUUCACCAAGGGCCGUGCUUACAACAUCAUGAUUGUGGGGUACGAGAAAUUAAGGACUGUGCAGGAGGCUCUAGCCAAAAGCGCGGGCGUCGACAUUAUCAUUGCAGAUGAAGGACACCGACUCAAGACCCUGCAAAACAAGAGCGGACAAGCUAUCCAAUCCCUCAAUGCCACAAAAAGGGUGAUUUUGUCGGGCACGCCAAUUCAAAAUGAUCUGCGUGAGUUCUUUGCAGCCGUGGAUCUCGUCAAUCCAGGAAUUCUCGGGACGUUCAAGGCUUUCAUCCGGGAGUUCGAGGUGCCAAUUGUCCGAAGCAGACAACCAGAAGCCACGAGCAAGGAUAUCGAGAAAGGCGAAUCCAGAAACGAGGAACUAAGGGAACUCACAUCGAAGUUCAUACUCCGCCGAACCGCCGAUGUGCUGGCCAAGUAUCUUCCCCCGAAGACGGAAUACGUGCUCUUCUGCAACCCGACUCGCCCUCAAGCAAAUAUAUACCAGGGCGUUCUCGCAUCUCCUGUUUUUCAAUCCGCUCUGGGCAAUUCAGAGAGUGCACUCCAGCUCAUCACCAUCCUAAAGAAGCUUUGCAAUAGCCCGUCAUUGCUAUCCGCGAAGAACAACGACAACUCGCCCAACGAUACCAUUGCCACGCUCUUAUCCUCGCUCCCUCCAAAUCUCCUCCGCAACUUCUCCCCCUCGUCAAGCGCCAAGGUGCGCGUCCUCGACCAGCUGCUCGAUACCCUACGCACCAAAACCUCCGAAAAGGUCGUCUUAGUCUCCAACUACACAUCGACGCUAACUCUUCUCGCCACACUCCUCACCUCGCUCGGCCUCCCCUUCCUCCGCCUAGAUGGGGGCACGCCCGCCCAAAAACGCCAGCCACUAGUCGACGACUUCAACCGCCUCCCUGCCGAAGCCUGCUUCGCAUUCCUGCUAUCCGCCAAGGCAGGCGGCACUGGUCUCAAUCUCAUCGGCGCCAGCCGGCUCAUCCUCUUCGACGUCGACUGGAAUCCAGCAACAGAUAUCCAAGCCAUGGCGCGCAUCCACCGCGACGGACAAAAGCGUCACUGCCGCAUCUACCGCGUGCUGCUAAAGGGCAGCCUCGAAGAAAAGAUCUGGCAGCGCCAAGUCACCAAAAUCGGACUGGCCGACAGCGUCAUGGAGCACAAGAACAACGUCGCGCAGUUCUCGACCGCCGAGCUGCGCGACCUCUUUCGUUUGGACCAGGAGAGCCGCUGCCAGACUCAUGAGCUGCUGGGUUGUGACUGCGGCGGAAAGGGUGUUGCGGCUUCUUCUUCUAAUUCUUCUCCCUCUGUCUCUACCUGCGGCACAGCUACCCCCAAUCCGCGCGAUGGUAACGAUAAUAAUGACUCCGACGCCUUUGAGCUAACAGAGCUCUCGUCGGACGACGACCUCCCGGAUUUUCCUACCCUCAUGAAAGCCUCGCAGGUCGACAUGGAGAAGCAGGAGCGAUCCAUUCGCGAUGGGUCUCAUCGCGCACGGAAUCGAAAGGGCAAGAAGACGCGGAAGUCGGAGGACAAGAUGCACCAGUCUUUGGCGCUGUACUCGCAUAUCGACCCGUCUUUGCUCUCACCUUUGUCGAAGGAUGAUGGCCAGGACGAUGAUGAUAACGCUGGUCUUGCUUCUGCUAUCGAUGAUGAUGUGCUGGUGUCCCUGCUCAAGGACGAGUGCAAUCGCAUCGGGUAUAUUUUUAAGAAGUCUAAUGCUGCUGAGGUAGAGGGUCCGUCUGAUGCUGUCCCCGGUAGCUGA